AUAGGUCAUCUCUUGUCUUGUGUUGCCUGUUCUGUGACAGUCGGAGUUGAUUUUUGACCCAAGAAGACAGGUCAACUUACACUGAUUUGGAUAAAGACCGUUUAAGACACUGAUGGAAACUCUUUCAAUUGUACUGUUGGCCCUUCACGGCUGUAGGGAUCAUGCAGUGAAUCGCUCCUGGCACUGACUGGCACUACAGGACACUGCGUCUUCUCUUAUGCCUGAUGCCAGGAUGGCGGCAGACGUCCACAAUAAGGGUGUAUCCUGGGAGGUUAAAAAUGGCAACUUGGCGCCAUCAGAUCGACUCCGGCAGGACCGGUCGGACAGUCCGACCCCCGGCCUGGUGGAGGGGACAGAGCCAGGUGCCGGACAAGAGGGCGCCAUGUUUGUUCACGCCCAGUCUUUUGAGGACCUGACUGCUGACAGUGAGUCUAACACUGGUGAUAAAUCUGCAGAGGUGGGCGACUCCAACCUAGAGAACGCUCAAGAAGCGGCUCUGGAAGGGGGUGAGGAGGAGGCACAGGAGGAAAGCUUAGAGGCUGAACAGGAGGAGGAGGGCAGAGAGGAGAUACAGAGCAGGAAAAAGGCAAAAGAGGAGGAUGUGACAAGCGAAACGUGGCGGAGUCACAGGAAGCAUGUGUUUGUCUUGAGUGAGGCUGGGAAACCCAUCUACACACGCUACGGCACAGAGGAGGCGCUCUCCAGCAUCAUGGGAGUCAUGAUGUUACUCAUGUCAAUUGUAGAAGAUAGGAAGAAUAUCAUACGCUCCAUCCAUGCAGAUGGCUACAGGGUGGUAUUCCUGCGGAAGAGCCCUCUCAUCCUGGUGGGCGUCUUUCGUACAAGCUGCUCCGACCGGGAAUUGACACGAGAGCUUCAGUACAUCUACUACCAAAUUGUUAGCCUGCUAACCCUCACGCAGCUGAACCACGUUUUCCAGCACCGGCAGAGCUACGACCUGCGGCGCCUGCUGGCCGGCUCAGAGCACCUCACCGACAACCUGCUGCGGCUCCUGGACCGAGACCCGGGCCUGCUGCUGAGCGCCGUGAUGUGCCUGCCUUUGGCCAGCUCGGCCCGGGACUUGGUCUCCUCCAGCUUGCAGGCUGCUAAAGCCAAGAACCUGGUAUUCUCCAUCCUGCUAGCAGGAAACAGGCUGGUGACGCUGGUGCGCAAAAAGGACCAGUUCCUGCACCACAUGGACCUGCACUUGCUCUUCAACUUGGUCGGCUCUUCGUCCUCCUUCCGUGCAGGCGAGGGGUGGACGCCCAUAUGUCUGCCCAAGUUUAACCCGGCUGGAUUUUUCCAUGCACAUAUUUCUUACCUGGAACCAGCCUCUGAUCUGUGUCUGAUCCUGGUAUCCACCGAUCGAGAGGAUUUCUUUAACCUCUCCGACUGCAAGAAGCGGUUUCUGGAGCGUUUGCGCAGACGAAGUGCAUAUCAAUCCCUGCAGGAAGCGCUGAACAUGCCAAGUUAUCCUGUCUCCCAGGUCGGCAUACCUGAGCUGCGACACUUUGUGUACAAAUCUAAAAGCUCUGGGCUCUAUACAAGCCCUGAUCUUCCAGCACCAUACCAGGGAGAAGAGGAGCAAGAAAGGCUGAUGGGAUUGUACCAGCAACUGCACAGCUGCCUGCAUAACCCCACACGCCUCCUACGCUACAUUUAUCGCUGUGCAGACACUGAAAACCUUUAUGCCUUGGUAACAAGUGGUUUCGAGCUCUACCUCUGCUUCAGUCCUUUGGGAACAAAGAGCCUUGCUGUAUCUGCUGUCAACAAACUCCUAAAGUGGAUCAGGAAGGAGGAGGAUCGUCUGUUCAUACUCAGUCCCUUAACAUACUGAGCCAGUUCAGGUAGUUCUCAACACCUGAAACACUAGUGAACGUCUGACUUCAGACUGCUGGAAGAGCAGCAUCUGUGAGCCUACGUGAAUGCAUGAAUAUGCAAAAGGAUGCUGUCAGAUAUUAAGGGCUUGAUUGCUAUUUUGAGGGCUACUCACACUGGUGAACUGCAGUCGGUGGAAUCAGGAAAGUUUGAAACUGAGUAAAAAAAAAAAAGGUGGGAAAAGUGUUGUGAAAGUAAUGCUAUAUUAACAAAUAAUUGCUUUUAAAUGUGGCCCUGUAACCAGCCGCAAAACAUCGAAAGCAGUAAAACUAAAUCUAUAAAAUGCUUACACUGUCUGUACGCUGCUAGAAACUGAACAUCUAGGCCUUCACUUUUUAUAUAUAUAUAUAUAUAUAAUAGACCUGUCACUGUUUCAACCUAACAUCUAUAGUUUUAAACGAGCCAAGUUAAUAAGUAUUACUGAUUGCAUUAAAUAAUAUUUGAGCUGUGGCCUUCAAAUUUCAUUAUAUUCACGA